CACAGCUAGAUAACACUCAUUUUUACUUAACAUACUCUAUUUCUGAUACUUCUUUCAUAUUUAAUCAAUUUGAAUAAACAAAGGUAUGGUGGUGACUUAAACCUUGGGUUUUCUUUCUGAUCGAUCCUGAAACUGACCGAGACAAAAGUCUAUGAUGCUCCGUUUGUUAAUAAGGGCUGUAUAUUGAUUGGGGUCCUGACAUUGGCCUGGCAUAGAAUGUUCUUUUUAUGUCAACAGAAAUUUGGCCCAGAUUAAUGUCAUCCUUGAACUACAAACAGCAACUUUGUUUUGAUGCCAAAGUCUUGUAAAUGAAUGGCUGAUGCAUGUUUGUGCUAUUGGGACAUAGUAAAACCUUCAGAACGUUGCAUUGGGAGGUCUGGGAAGUAUUUUGUAUUGCUUUUAACAACCUCUAGGGGGCAGUGUUGUUCUGUCUAAUGCAGAUCCCUUCAAUCUGAUUUGAAAGUGCUUCACGUAUAAUUAGAUUUGUCAAAUUCUGUUUGUUUUGUAAACAGAUACUUUCUUAAAACCACAUCUAUAUUUAGUAUUUGUUUCUAAUGACUCUCUAAUUGCUCCUCUCACACUCUUCGUUCACACACUCAGUAUCCCCUCCUUAAAUAGUGCUAAGUGCCUCUCCAAUGAGAGAUGUCAUCUCUCAUCAUUACUCCGAGCACAGCUGCAGCCAUUCACAGAUGGACAUAUAGAUCCCAUAACACCUAGGUACUUUCAUGCAGACCCACCCAAACACACAGACACACUUCUUUGUGAUUGGGCCUGAAGCCUUGACAGUGAUCUCCCUGCACAUGUGUGAAGGAGCGUCUUCUGUUACUCCCCCUGCCUCUGCACACACGUUGGUUUGAAAAGUUAUUUUGGGCUUCAGAAGUGCCACUGUAACCCUGUACUUCCAGUGAAAUAACAGGAGGAGUCCAGAUUAUACCCCGCCAUUCUUUCCCCUGUGAACAGUUUCCCAUGUCAACUGACAGGGGAUCUCCCUCUAAGCACUGGUUGUAGCUCUCUUCACUGUUGCAUUAGGGUUGGAUUCUCAUUUUGAAACAAUGGACAACAGUCUUCUGCAGGUGUUGACCGUCCCUACAGCACCCUACCCCGACCAGAGACCCGGCACCAGCGGCCUGAGGAAGAAGGUCUAUGUAUUUCAGUCCAGGAGGAACUAUCUACACAACUUCAUCCAGAGUAUCUUCUCAUCCAUUGACCUACGGGACCGACAGGGAUCAACAGUGGUGGUAGGGGGGGACGGUCGCUUCUUCAACAGAACAGCUAUUGAGGUCAUUGUGCAGAUGGCAGCUGCCAACGGGGUGGGUCGUAUGAUCAUUGGACACCACGGGAUAAUGUCCACACCAGCCAUCUCCUGUGUAAUCAGGAAAUACAAAGCCAUUGGUGGCAUCAUCCUCACUGCCAGCCACAACCCUGGUGGACCUGAUGGAGACUUUGGCAUUAAGUUCAAUACUGCAAAUGGAGGCCCAGCCAAGGAGGCCGUCACAAACAAGAUCUUUCAGAUCAGCAGGACCAUUGAGGAGUUUGCCAUCUGCCCUGGACUGCAUGUGGAUCUGACAACCCUGGGCAAACAGAUGUUUGAUCUGGAAAACAAGUUCAAACCAUUCACAGUGGAAAUUGUGGACUCUGUGGAAUCCUACGCCAACUUGUUGAGGAACAUCUUUGACUUUGCUGCUCUGAAGGAGCUUCUAUCUGGUGAAAACCACAUCAAGAUAAGACUAGAUGCGAUGCAUGGAGUGGUGGGACCGUAUGUGAGGAGAAUACUCUGUGAGGAGCUGGGCUGCCCUGUCAACUCUGCCGUCAACUGUGUCCCGUUGGAGGACUUUGGGGGUCAACACCCAGAUCCUAACCUCACCUACGCUGCAGACCUGGUCGACAGCAUGAGAGACGGACAGUAUGAUUUUGGUGCAGCAUUUGAUGGUGAUGGGGACCGUAACAUGAUCCUUGGUAAACACGGCUUCUUCGUCACCCCGCCUGACUCUGUGGCUGUGAUUGCUGACAACAUUUUCUGCAUCCCAUACUUCCAACAUACAGGGGUGAGAGGCUUCGCCCGCAGCAUGCCCACAAGUGCAGCCUUAGACAGAGUAGCCAAAGCAGCAAAAAUAGAGUUAUAUGAAACUCCCACUGGGUGGAAAUUCUUUGGUAACCUAAUGGACGCAGGCAGACUGUCUUUGUGUGGGGAAGAAAGCUUUGGGACAGGUGGAGACCAUAUUCGUGAGAAGGAUGGGCUUUGGGCCGUGCUGGCAUGGCUGUCCAUUCUGGCCUCUAGAAGGCAGAGUGUGGAGGAUAUCCUUAAGGAUCAUUGGCUAAAAUAUGGAAGGAACUACUUUACCAGAUAUGACUAUGAGAACGUAGACAUAGAUGCAGCCUGUGAGAUGAUGGAGGAUUUGGAGAUCAUGAUCGUGGACAAGUCCUUUGUGAAGCAGAGAUUUGCUGUUGGAGACAAAAUCUACCAAGUGGAAAAAGCAGACAACUAUGAGUACACAGACCCGGUAGACAGCACCAUCUCCAGGAACCAGGGUCUGCGGAUAAUCUUCUCUGAUGGCUCUCGAAUCAUCUACAGACUCAGUGGGACGAGUUGCGAUGUGGCGACAGUUCGAAUCUACAUAGACAGCUAUGAGAAGGAGCAAAUCUUAGAAGACACACAGGUGAUGCUGGCACCCCUGGCAACCAUCGCUCUGAAGAUAUCCCGGCUCCAUCACAGGACGGGUCGAAGUGGCCCAUCGGUCAUCACAUGAUUCCUCCCAUUUGUUUCUCCAUUAUUGCUAAACUAAUGCCCUCUUUGUUUUUCUUUCCAGAUUUUUGUAUAAACUGUGCUUCAAUUCCAAGUGAAGCUGCACAACAUGCAGCAGUUUGCAUUUUAGGCUAAAAUAUAUUCAGUGUUUUUUUCUGUUCAACAUUAAACUGCUUUUUAAUUUUG